GACCGUCUGCAUUUGUCCCGCGUCCCGCCCGAGGCGUAGAGCUGGCCCUCGCGGGCGGCGGGACGCUCCGAGGAGCCGCACGGCAGCUGCACCAUGGUCCACCUCACUGCCCACCUGUGCAAGGCCUACCGUGGAGGCCACUUAACGAUCCGCCUUGCCCUGGGUGGCUGCACCAACCGGCCUUUCUACCGCAUUGUGGCUGUUCACAACAAGCGUCCCCGAGACGGCCGCUUCGUGGAGCAGUUGGGCUCCUAUGACCCACUGCCCAACAGUCAUGGAGAAAAGCUCGUUGCCCUCAACCUGGACAGGAUCCGGUACUGGAUUGGCUGUGGAGCCCACCUCUCUAAGCCUAUGGAAAAGCUGCUGGGUCUUUCUGGCUUUUUCCCUCUGCAUCCUAUGAUGAUCACAAAUGCUGAGAGACUGCGAAGGAAACGGGCACGUGAAGUCCUCUUAGCUUCUCAGAAAACAGAUACAGAGGCUACAGAAACAGAAGCAAGCUGACUUCAGUGAGCAUAGCAGUGGGAGCAAGGUCAAGGUUCUCUUAAAACACUUGUGGAGUGCUCUUAAUUAUGUUAGAUUUGGAGGUUAAUAAAUGGAAUAUUCGGAGUC